UGAUAGGCCGGUGGGCAGGGAGGGGCGGGGCGUGAGCUUCGUUCUGUCCGCUCGGCGGCGGGCGGGCUCGGGAGGCCCCGGGAGCGGGCGGAGAGGACAGACAGAGUUCAGUCAGAAGAACAUAUGGCUGGCAUAUAGUACGCGUGUGUGGCGUUGACUGGUUGUGAUGUUCUGACACCCGAGCUAGCAGUCUCUGGAGGCAAUCAUGGGUGCAGAACAUGCUAUUGCUGUGACAUUGCAUGGGCUGCUCUGAGGCCUGAGAAGUUGGCUGGAAACAACAUCAGGGCGGGGUUACAACACUGUGUGGCUUUCUAGAAGAUGACCAUAGAGGAUCUCCCAGAACCUUCCUUUGAAGGAGAUACCCUCAUUGAAAGAGAGCGGUUCUUGUUCCCAAGCUCUGAAACUUCUGUUACUUUUUCUGUUGCUGCAGCACCGAUGCCUUCUGAUUGCGAGUUUUCCUUCUUUGACCCCAAUGACGCAGCCUGCCAAGAAAUACUUUUCGACCCCAAAACAUCAGUUUCCGAAUUGUUUGCGAUAUUAAGGCAAUGGGUUCCGCAGGUCCAGCAGAACAUUGAUAUUAUUGGGAAUGAGAUCAUUAAAAGGGGCUGUAAUGUGAAUGACAGAGAUGGACUGACUGAUAUGACUCUCCUGCAUUACACUUGCAAAUCAGGGGCUCAUGGUAUUGGUGAUGUUGAAACCGCUGUAAAAUUUGCGAUGCAGCUCAUUGAUUUGGGUGCUGAUAGCAGUUUACGCAGCCGCUGGACCAAUAUGAAUGCCUUGCAUUACGCUGCCUACUUUGAUGUUCCGGAACUUAUCAGUGUCAUUUUGAAAAACGCAAAGCCAAAAGAUGUAGAUGCCACCUGCAGCGAUUUUGAUUUUGGAACAGCUUUGCACAUCGCUGCAUUUAACCUGUGUACGGGAGCUGUCAAGUGCUUACUGGAACAUGGAGCAAAUCCUGCCUUUAGGAAUGACAAAGGGCAAAUUCCAGCGGAUGUGGUUCCUGAUCCUGUCGACAUGCCACUGGAAAUGGCAGAUGCAGCAGCCAGUGCAAAAGAAAUCAAGCAGAUAUUGCUGGAUGCAGUGCCUCUCUCAUGCGACAUCUCAAAAGCCAUGAUUUCAAACUAUGACCACAUCACAGGCAAGGCCAUGCUUUUGUCACUCGGCCUGAAGCUGGGAGAUCGUGUUGUUAUUGCAGGACAGAAGAUUGGUACUUUAAGGUUUUGUGGCACAACGGAAUUUGCCAGUGGCCAGUGGGCUGGUGUGGAGCUGGAUGAACCAGAAGGGAAGAACAAUGGAAGUGUUGGGAAAGUCCAGUACUUCAAGUGUGCGCCGAAACAUGGUAUCUUUGCACCUCUUUCUAAAAUAACCAAGGCUUCUAAUCACAAGAAAACCUCUGUACGAAGUUCUUCUGUACGGUCUUCACCUUUGGUCAAAUCCAAGAAGAUAGAUGUGACGCAUAUCACUUCCAAGGUGAAUUCUGGCCUAAAUAUAGCAAAAAAAGAUAUUGCUUCUGAAACCAACUGUGUGACUGCUACCAGGGGAAAAAACGUACCUGUGAAAGAUGGCUUUCUUGGGUACAGCAGUUCCUCCUCCUCUACUGCCUCCUUGGAAGGCAAACAGAAUUACUCCAGGAAAUGGAACUCGACCAGCAGCAAUAAAAAGGCAGUGACCAGAACAUCUUCUGCCUCAUCUAAAACCAGUGCUGGGUUGCAUAAUUCUCCGGCUAUAAGGAAAAACCCUUUUGAUGAGGCAGAAAUUCAGGUUGGAGACAGAGUGCUGGUGGUAGGACAGAGGACUGGCACUGUUAGAUUUUGUGGGACGACAAAAUUUGCACCAGGAUUCUGGUGUGGAAUUGAAUUGGACAAGCCUCAUGGGAAGAAUGAUGGCUCGGUGGGAGGUGUUCAGUACUUCCGUUGCCUUCCCAGAUAUGGGAUAUUUGCACCACCGUCUCGGGUGCAGAGACUGACAGGUUCUCUGGAUUCUCUCGCAGAGACUUCGUUGAGUAAAAUGAAUCACACUUUUCCAGGUUUCAGACGCAGCCGAAGCACCACUUCUGCAUCUUCACAAAAGGAGAUAAGCAGAAGGAAUUCCUUUGCCAGAUCCAAGAGCUCUGCAUUGCGGCGCAGCUGGAGUAACACCCCUACAGCUCACGCUGAGGGACCGGUGAAGCUGCACGAAGGCUCUCAGGUUCUGCUGACCAGCUCCAAUGAAAUGGGCACCAUCAGGUACAUCGGGCCUACAGACUUUGCGCCGGGGAUAUGGCUUGGACUCGAGCUCCGAAGUGCCAAGGGAAAGAACGACGGCUCCGUUGGGGAAAAGCGCUACUUCACCUGUAAGCUGAACCAUGGGGUCUUAGUUCGGCCCAGCAGAGUAACCUAUCGCGGGAUUAAUGGGGCAAAACUUGUGGAUGAUAUUUGCUGAGCCAGAAGGGGCUUUCACAAUAGGAAAUAAGUAUUGAAGGCACACAGGACCCCAUCUAGAACACAAACUUAUUUUUAAAUUAUUAAAUCUGUAUUUGGAUUUUAUCUAUAUUUAGGUAAGGAUAUAUGUGUGUGUGUAAAAAUCUAUAUUUUAAUAUAUAUGUAUAAAUAGAGAUAAUGUUCAGUUGCAUUAAGAAUUAAAGCCACUGUCCUGUUUCUCCUGCUGAAGCAGCCCUUGCCUGGGAAGGGUGCUGCAAAAGCAGUGUGGCUUUGAGCUGCUGUUAUUGGAAUAAUGCUUCAGUUGGAGAAUGGGAGUAGCUCUGCCAUUCUCUGCAGUUGCUUUGUGAUUCAUGCAGUAUUGAAAUGAUUUUCCUCUGUGUAGUAAUGAAGUGGUAACGCUUUGUGCGUUGCAUGUGUUUGACAGAGGUGGUUAGUGAGUGACAGUCUGGUUAGCGGUCACCUUGGCAGGUCCGGUACCAGCUGCUAGCAAUAAGGAAGCAAAUGAUCCUUUUUUUAAGCAGUUGUGAAGUAUUUUUAUAUCUUAUCAUUCAGCUCCUGCUCUUCUCAUCCCUCCAGAGCACAAAAGGGCUGAUGAGUCUAUGUCUUUGCGGCCAUCCCAGUGCACAGCCGCAUUUAAACAGCAAAACCUUUCAAAGCACAACCAUGCUGCAUGUCAGCAUGCAUAAGAAAAAGCACUUUUUAUGUAUGCAUUUGCAGAAAAAGCUGCAUAGAGGAAGCACUCUCUAAACUAAUGCACUUUGCGCUCUCUCGGAGAGCUUUCCCUCCUUUUACAGACUGUGUUCGGUGUGCUGUGGCUGUGAGUGCCACGGCGUUUAUGUGCAAAUGAGCCCCGAGGGGAACUGUACACAACAGCCUCAUCAGGGUUAUUAAGCCUGUAUAAGUACAGUGUGGAUUCCUGUGGCUGAUAUGCAGGGCUUUCAAGGGAGCUAUGAACAUGACUUAAUUUGUGUGUGAUACCUGGCUCUUUGUUUCCUUUGGAAUGGUUUCCACUAUCAGUUUCUUUUAAGAGUGUUAUGAUAAAUUAAGGGUAGGUUUAGGUUAGCUUUGUUAACACACCCUGAUGUGACAUUAUUUGCAUAUCAGCCUUUUAAAACAGCCUUUUACUCUCAUGUCCAUGUUUUAAACAUAUGGUGUCUUUUAAUUGCUCAGCAUAUGUAAACGUUAUCAGGAUGGCUUUGUGUUCAGAACAGUCAUUUUAUUCUUAAAUGCUCUGCUUGCUCCUGCCUACUUGAAGUGACACUUUAAAUUACACCAUAAUAUCAUAUUUUUAGACAGAAAUCUGCUGCUGUUACCUCUUAAAUAUUGCUGUAGCUAUUUUUCUGAGCUGUAUUUAAAAUAAUGCAUAUUGUAUUCUAACUUAGGGGAGUUUUUAAUGCUGUAAAUUUUGAAUGUAAAAAAAAAAAAGAAUCAGUGCUUUCUAUUUGAAGCUGUGGAUACUUGGUGAUGUACUGAACUUUGCUUUGUCCAGUAUCUGUUUCUCGCUGGUACCAGUAAAAUGAAACCAUGGUGAACAGCCCAACAA